AUCUAUACCUCUUAUAGCUGAAUGUGUUGCUCCGGAUCUCCAUUAGCUGCGGCGCCUCUCUUUGAAUCCCCAGAGCGGGAGACCGCAUCCAGGGGACAACUGCACAGAGAUCUCGAGGCCACGUUCGACAACCGGCCUUGUAUUGGGACCAUCAUGCAUGCCGCACAGGGACAUCGAUAACCAGCAUGGCGGAAACUCCUGCGCGUAGGGGGCGCGGACGACCUCUGACGACGAGGACGAGGAGCAGUCUCUUCUCCCUCCGGCUCGAGAAGACGGAGACUAUGCUCAAGAUUGGGAAGCUGAAGUUGCGAGGAAAAACUGAUGAUCUGCCCCAAGACUGGUGGUUCGCAUCCACUGCGAUCCCCCUCCUUGCAGCCACGAUUGGCCCUUUCGCCAACGUCCUCUCGAUCGCCGCGCUGGUUUCGAAAUGGCGAGUCAACCUACCGAACAAUGGACAAUUGCCUGAGGGAACAGAUAAUGCUGGGGUGGACAUACCGGACCCGCGUUGGGAGAUUGUACUUAAUGCUAUAUCAUUGGGCUGUGGGUUCUUUGGCAACGUUUGUCUGUUGCUGAAUUUCACGAGGCGUAUAAGAUAUAUCGUCGCGUUGCCGCUCACCAUUAUCUCGUGGUAUUUUGCUACUGGUAUUCUCACUGGAAUCAUUGUGGCCAUGAAUGCGCACGAUCCGCCUAUCAGACCCGGUCAGACCUAUUCACAAGGGUUCUGGUAUGCUAUCAUCGCCUCAUGUCUCUAUAUGUUCGGAUCCAUGAUUCUGAUGAUCAAUAUGCUUGGCUAUUUCCUGGGCCAUUACCCGCAGCAUUUUGACCUUGAUGAUGACCAGCGUACCCUGAUCUUGCAAACCAUGAUGUUCUUCUUCUGGCUUGCAGGUGGAGCGGGAGUCUUCUCUAAGGUCUGCGGCUUUAGCUAUGCCGAUGCCCUCUACUUCUGCGAUGUCACGGUCCUGACAGUCGGCUUUGGCGAUCUUGUUCCGCCUAAUGACACUGGUCGAGGACUGAUCUUUCCAUAUUCUGUCUUCGGUAUCAUCUUCCUAGGUCUCAUGAUUAACAGUAUCCGAAAAUUUACUGUUGGCCUAUCGAAGGUCAAUAUCAUCAAGAGGCACCAGCUCAGGGAUCGAGAGCGAACAGUCAGUCGCUCUGUUACGAGUGAGAAGGAACUACGAGAGCGCCUUGGACUACCUCCGCCGCGCGACUCGGAUGUUCCACGGCCAUCGAGUGCCCAAAAGUCGUCAGCUGCUCGAAGAGCGUCUCUAGAACGGUACGGACAUUUUAGAAUCCAUGGACGAACAAUUACAUUUCGUGAGCAUAAGAUGAAAGGGGCCGGGAGACGAACUAGUGCCGGCAGAGUUCACAAGUCAAAGGCACAUACGAACAAUCGUGCCAUUCUGAGAGAGAGGGCCUCCCGAAGAACCUCACGAACCAGGUAUACGAGUCGACAUAAGAAGCUGAUCCUCCUUAGAGAAGACAAGGACAGGUUUGAUACGAUGCGCCAGAUCCAGGCUAAUACGACCAAGUUCAAGCAAUUCUACGCCCUAUCUAUCUCGGUCGGUGCAUUUGGGAUCCUCUGGUGCGUCGGUGCGUUGGUAUUCAUGUUCGCCGAGCGUCGGAUUCAAAAUCUGUCGUACUUCGAAGCCUUGUAUUUUUGCUAUGUCUCCCUGCUCACAGUUGGCUACGGCGACUUCAGCCCCAAGUCCAAUGCCGGUAAACCAUUCUUUGUAGUUUGGUCGUUGAUUGCGGUCCCUACCAUGACAUUUCUGGUCUCGGAUUUGAGUGACACCGUUGUCUCUGCCAUUAAUCGUGGGACCUUCACCCUAGCGGAUUGGACAGUGAUGCCGAAGGCAGGAGUUUAUCAUGAUUUUCUUGAAAGACAUCCCGGAGCGAAAGACUGGCUAGAACGCAAGAUAAAGGAGCGUGAAGCCAAAAAUCGAAUCGAGCACGGGUUUGGUCUCCAGGACCCUGACGAAGAAGCCGGAGCCAAUGAGUCUGGAGGAGGGGACUCGCCGGGAGAAGAUGGAUACGGAUCAACACUUGAAAAUCUCGCAGACGCGCCUGCAAUCAUGACAGAUCAUGAACUCGCAAGGAGAUUAGCGUUGGCAAUCAAGAGGACGGCGAAGGAUCUGAGGCUGCCUCGCCCGAAGAAAUACAGUUAUGAGGAAUGGGUAGAGUUUACAAGACUGAUCCGGUUCAGUAGCAAGAGCCCAGACGAGGUGGAGAAGGACGAGGACCAAGAGGGGUUGAUGGACUGGGACUGGAUUGGUGAGGACAGUCCCAUGUUGGCAGAUGUUAGUGAGAGCGAGUGGGUGCUCGACCGGCUUUGCGAGAGCCUGAAUCGAUAUACUCGUCGGCAGGAUCGCGAGAGAGAGCCCGACUCAGCCAUCGCGGUCGAUUCCCCUAUUCAGGCCAAUGAAAAUAGCAAGACCCACCUCAGGAGGCAGCACAGUGCACAAAUAUAUCCCUACCCUGCACAUGUUGGACCCCGCUCACUCGCGCUGCGGAAUUCCCGCUCACUUAGUCCGGAAUUCCAGAGGGGAUUCCAUGAGACAGUCAGGAGGAUACCUAAGGAUUCAGCGAAAGAUGAGAAGCCGCAGUUUAGUGACGAGGAGCAUGAGGAAAGGGAGGAAAAGGAAGGAAAGGAAGAAAAGAGAGAAAACGUAAAGGAUACGCCGAAUAGCGAAUCAGGAGCGGAAGGAAGCUGA